AUUACAGAGCCCAAUGCACACUGCAGGAUCCAGAGCUGCUCUCAGGGGCACUGAUAGAUGUGGCCAAACACCUGGGCAAUCUGAAGUUCAGAGUCUGGGAGAAGAUGCUGGGGGUGGUGCAGUACACUCCUGUGGUGCUGGACCCCAAUACUGUACAUACCCAAGUAUCUCUCUCUGAUGAUCUGACCACUGUGAGACACACAGGUACAGACCAGAAAUAUCCUGACAACCCAGAGAGGUUUAGCUACUGUGUGUGUGUGCUGGGAUCUGAGGGGUUUACCUCAGGGAAACACAGCUGGGAGGUGAAGGUGGGGAAUAAACCUAAGUGGGAUAUAGGAGUGGUGAAAGAGUCCAUCAGUAGGAAGGGAAAGAUAACAGCCAGCCCAGAGAGAGGAUUCUGGCUCUUAUUUCUGAGGGAUGGUGAUAAGUACAGUGCAUCUGGAGGUACUGACCUCACGCUGAAGAGGAAACCCCGGAGCAUCAGAGUGCUGCUGGACUAUGACAUGGGGGAGGUGUCCUUCUUCGACUCCAGUGACAUGUCACUCAUCUACACUCAUCAAGACACAUUUACUGAGAGAGUGUUCCCGUUCUUCUGUCCCGAUUUGAAAGAAGAUAAGAAUGAAGGACCCCUGCAGAUAUGCCCAGUGAAUGUUUCUGUAACAGUUAUGUCAAUCCAUUGAAAGUGUUUUUUUUUUUAAAGAACAAACUACAUUUACUGGAAGAGUAUUAUAGAGGAAAUCCAUAUUCUUCUAUAACUAUUAUAUUCCUCUAUAAUGAUUAUAGUUUUUUUCAUUUUAAUUUUCUUUUCAUCAUUGAUAAUUUAGUUGAGAUUUAUCAUCUUUUGAUAAUGUACAUAUACCGUAGUAUCUUCUGGGUUUUGUUUUGAUCCAAAUCAUUAGACAAAAUUAUUUCAUAUAAUUUUUGCUCAUAAAGUAGAUGUGCACCUGUAGUGUUGUCAAAUACCUUUAUAUUUGAUUAAAGUCAUUCCUGUCUAGCUGGGUUUAUAAGGUAGUGUAGGAGCUUGAAAUGUGUGAGUAUAGUGAGAGUCCGUUAGUUUGAUUCCAUUUGUCCUCCUGUGUUCUUUUCAGAUUUUACUUUGCAAUUAAACCUGUCAGUGCAAUGCUGUAGGAUUUACUGCACAUCUGGGCCUUAAGUAGCCUUACCUUCAACCUUCAACCAUGAUUAAAUAAUUGCCAUUGGCAAAUAAUCACAAAGGUUUCUCUAAUUGUGCCUUUCAUUGUAUUCUCUUUCAAUAUAAUCAUGUCAGAGAAUGUAAAUGAAAAAAGGAUUCCACCAAGAGUCAUUUUAAACAA